AUGGUUUCAUUUUCUUCCAUUGUCGUUUCCUUAUGUUCACUAGCUUCCAUGGCUAUGGCUCAGCCAGUGCCAGCCAAAGGUGCUAACAACGUUCAAUUGUUGACCGCCAAGAAUAACAAAAGAUAUUACGAAUAUGACUCAAAUACUCCAAUUAGAGGUGUCAACAUUGGUGGUUGGUUAGUUCUAGAACCUUACAUCACUCCUUCUUUAUUUGAAGCUUUUAGAACUAAUGAUUAUAAUGACGACGGUAUUCCAGUCGAUGAAUACCAUUUCUGUCAAACUUUGGGUCACACUGAAGCUCAAAACAGAUUAAUUGACCAUUGGUCUACAUUUUACACUGCACAAGAUUUCCAAGAUAUUGCCGAUAUGGGUUUCAACAUGGUUAGAAUUCCUGUUGGUUACUGGGCUUUCAAAACUUUGGAAAAUGAUCCUUAUGUUACUGGUUACCAAGAAUUCUACUUAGAUCAAGCUAUCAGUUGGGCCAAAAAAGCUGGUUUGAAAGUUUGGGUUGAUUUACAUGGUGCUGCUGGUUCUCAAAACGGUUUCGACAAUUCCGGUUUAAGAGAUUCUAUCAACUUUUUGGAAGAUUCUAAUUUGGAAUUGACUACCGAAGUUUUGCAAUACAUUUUAAAGAAAUAUUCUCAAUCUGUUUUCGAAGAUACUGUUAUUGGUAUCGAAUUGAUUAAUGAACCAUUAGGUCCUGCUAUUGAUUUGGAAAAAUUGAAGACUCAAUAUUACGAGCCAGCUUACAAAUAUUUAAGAGAAACUUUAGGUUCUAACCAAAACAUUAUUAUCCACGAUGCCUUCGAAGCUUACAAUUACUGGGAUUCCUUCUGGAAUGAACAAGAAAAUGGUAACUGGGGUAUCACUGUUGAUCAUCAUCAUUAUCAAGUCUUUUCUCCAGGUGAAUGUCAAAGAGGUAUUGAUGAAAGAAUCUCUGUUGCUUGUGCUUGGGGUACCGGUGUUUUAAGUGAACAGCAUUGGACUGUUGCCGGUGAAUUCUCUGCAGCUUUAACUGAUUGUGCUAAAUGGUUGAACGGUGUUGGUGUAGGUGCUCGUUUCGAUGGUUCUUAUGUUAAAGGCUCUGCUACUUCCUAUUACAUCGGUUCUUGUCAAAAUAAUGAUGACAUUGAUUCUUGGUCUGAAGAAAGAAAACAAAACACCAGAAGAUUUAUCGAAGCUGAAUUAGACGCCUUUGAAAUGAAAGGUGGUUGGAUCAUGUGGUGCUGGAAGACCGAAAGUGCCCCAGAAUGGGAUGUCAAAUUAUUAGCUGGUGCUGGUGUUUGGCCACAACCAUUGACUGAUAGACAAUAUCCUGGUCAAUGUUCCAACUAA